AUGGCGGACAAAAUACCACACUGUGACAUCUGCAGCCUUCGUGAUAUCUUUAAACCAGCUACUGUUUGGUGCUCUGAAUGUGAUGAGUCAAUUUGUCCCGAAUGUCAAGAGCACCAUUGUCUUAGUAAAGCUACCAACGGUCAUCCAACAUUAGCGAUCGAAGAUUUCAUGAAACUUCCAGUUUUUGUUCGGGCAAUUAAUAUAAGAUGUGAGGAACAUAAGGAAAACAUCGAUUGGUACUGUACAACACAUGCUGCUCCUUGUUGUUCAAAAUGCUUGAAAUAUAAUCAUGAAAAUUGUCUCGAUAUCAAACCGAUCCAUGAAAUAGAAGAAAAUAUAAAAUCAUCGUCCACUUUUUCUGAUAUCAAAAGUCGCUGUACUCACCUUAGAGAUGUCUACAAAACAAUGAAAGAUGAAAAGAUACAAACCAUACAAAAAGUUGACAGCGAGGCUACGACUUCACUUUGUCUUAUCAAAGACAGAAGGCUAGAUAUUAUUCACCAUUUAGAUGACCUUGAGCAAAAGUUGAAGGAUUUUGUCGAGGAAAAGAAGGCACAACUAAAAGAAAAUAUCGUUCAAUUUACAACAGAACUAAACAACAGAGGGCGUUGUGUUCAGACGUUUCUUACACAGUAUGAAGAUAUAAAGCGGUAUGCAUCAAACCAUCAAACACUUUUAUGGCUUUACAAACUCGAAAAAGAAAUUACUUCAGAAAUUCGUAUUUUGCCGUCUUUAAAGGAAAUACAGUUUGAGCUGCAGUUUGUUCCUUCAAAUGACUUGAACAAAAUCCUUGAUUACGGAAGAAUCGGUGCAUUGUCAAAGCCAUUACAUAUAAGGUUUGAAAAAAUAAACCAGCUUCAAAUUCCGACAGGAUUAUCAACCGUCGUCAAUAUUGAUACUAUCUCCCUUAAGGAAAGAGACCGUGGCAAAGCCAUUGAAGUUCUUGACUUCUUACCUAACGAUACUUACCUUGUUCGUGAUGUGAAAAUGGGUAAAUCGAGAUGGUUUACAACACAGAGCAGACCUUUGACAAGAAGGGAAAUAUGA